AUGAACUCGCUUGUACAGUCAGCGAGGAGAAAUCCUCAAAGCAUUUCUCUUGUCAGAGCUUCCGCGCGAGCAGUCCAGAACCAUGGCAGAACACCUGCGUGUCACCGGCUACUGUCGACAGAGCUGAGUGGCAAUGCCGCGCUCACCUUUUCACGACAACAAUCCUCCAUCCGACCUACUACUCUGCGAUCACAAUUUCUCCCCGAAGAUGUUCGAUUCAUUACCGGCUCGAUGCAAUCGCGCUCGUUCCACAUGACGGCCCGACAGCUCCAGCAACAGCAGACCGAGAAGGCCAAGCCAGCCGAGGAGGGCGCAAAGGCUGCCGAAGACUCCAAGCCCAAGGAUGCUGAAUCAGAGGCCAAGGAGGAAUCUUCCGAGAAGAAACAAGAGGAGGGCGAGAAGACCGAAGGCAAGGAGGAGGAGGAGGGUGGCAAGAAGGAAAAGAAGGAGGGCGCCCCUCCUCCUCCUCCUCAUGGCGACAAGACGCCGUGGCAAGUAUUCACGGAGACUAUGCAGGCUGAGUUCAGCAAGUCUAAGGAGUGGAAUGAAUCGACAAAGGCCCUCUCGGGUGAGAUCCAGGACUUCACCGAGAGCGAACGUGUGAGGAAAGCUCGCGAAGCCUACGAGAAAUCCACCGGUGCUCUUACAUCUGCUGCUUCCAGCGCUGUGAAGACUACCGCUGGCGCUAUUGGCAAGGGUGCCGCAUGGACCUGGGACACCUCCGCCAUGAAGGGCGUCCGUAAGGUUGCCAACGUUACCGGCGAUGCCCUUGACAAGGCGACGAAGCCUAUUCGAGAGACCGAGGCGUACAAGAACGUCAAGGAUGUCAUUGAUGACGGCAGCAGCUCACGCUACGGUGGCUGGGUUGAGAAAGAGGAGCGCAGGAAGAAGCGCGAGGCCGAGCGGGCCGCCUCUGGUGAGCCCCAAGUUUUUGAGGAGGACCCCAACGCUGGCACCAACGUCACCCUUCACAAGGAUGCGGCGUGGAAGGAGGCGUGGAGGGAAUUCAAGGACACCAACAAAUUUGCCCAGGGCUUCUUCAACGCCGGCAAGGUGUACCGCGAAUCCGAGAACCCUCUCAUUGAGACGGCCCGUCUCGUCACUGACAAGAUUGGUGGCUUCUUUUCCGAGAACGAGACGGCGCAGGUCAUCAAGAAGUUCCGCACCAUGGACCCGAACUUCCAGACUGAGCCUUUCCUGAGGGAGCUCCGCGAGUACAUUCUCCCCGAAGUCCUCGACGCCUACGUCAAGGGAGAUAUCGAGACCCUCAAGCUCUGGCUGUCGGAGGCUCAGUACUCUGUGUACGAGGCCCUGACGAAGCAGUACCUCCAAGCUGGCCUGAAGUCGGAUGGCAAGAUCCUCGAUAUCCGUCACGUCGACAUUGUGCGCGCACGCAUGCUGGACCCGGGUGAGAUUCCCGUCUUCGUCAUCACCUGCAGGACGCAGGAGGUGCAUGUCUACCGCAACGCCAAGUCUGGUGAGCUCGCCGCCGGCAUGGAGGACAAGGUGCAGCUUGUGACAUACGCUAUUGGUAUCACUCGUGUGCCGGACGACGUCAGCAACCCGGAGACGCGCGGAUGGCGUCUCAUUGAGAUGCAGAAGAGCGGAAAGGACUACCUCUAA